GCCACGUCAGAUAUUCGCUCCCUUGCAACGAUGGAGUCGCGCACGUCGUUCUCGCAGGUGGCACUGCUCGCGCUGCUCGUCGUCGGCGCCAUCACGGGUGUCUACGUGUUCUUUCAGAACGCCCCUGAGGCUGAGUUCACCGAGUGCGAGUCCAUUUCUGUAUCGUACGUGAUUCGCGGCGUCCUGCCUACUUGGCUAAAUGGGCGCAAUGACAAAAUGGGCACAGUCCAGGGGCUCUGGCAGUGCGCGAGUCAGUAUCGCGAGCAUCACGCCGCCUUCGUUCUCUCCAGCUUCUGCAUCGUGUACAUUUCGCUGCAAACGUUUGCUAUCCCGGGCCCCAUUGUGCUGAGCAUUCUGUCUGGAGCCAUGUACCCAUUCAUGCAGGCCCAGAUUCUGGUAGCCUUCUGUGCUACGACGGGCGCCUCGCUCUGCUUCAUGCUGUCGUACUUCUUGGGCCGCGGCGUCUUCAAUAAAGUGCUGGCUGGGAUGAUCGGACGCUUCAAAGAGAAGAUCGCCCACAACCAAGGCAACCUCUUCUACUACCUGCUGUUCCUGAGGAUCACUCCGCUGCUGCCCAAUUGGUUCGUCAACAUCGCUUGUCCACUGGUGGGUGUCCCGUUCAAGUACUUCUUCCUGGCCACGUUGAUCGGCUUGGUCCCGGCCAAUUUUCUGCAUAUUUCGACGGGUGCGACACUGAACAGUGCUGCGGGAGCUUCUGGUGGGAGCAAUGCGGUCAGCUUUGCCGUGCUUUUCCUGCUGCAGUUUGUGGCAUUAUUGCCCACGCUAUUUAAGGGCAAGAUCGAGAAGUACGAGAAGGAAGCAUUUGAGAAGAGCAAGAAGACCAAGUAAAAGUGGGGACAGGCACCACUGUAAUAGCGAUUCCUUAGAGCUAAAUGGCUUGAUGUUGGAUCGAGACUGUCAAUGUUACUCCCUCAAUUUUAAUCACAUUGCAAAAUUUGUUUUAAGGGUGUCCAACUUUCGACACGAUGUAAACUAGUGAUCGUCGUUAUUGUGGUU